AUUUCCUCCCUGGCCUGGAGAAGAUGACAAGUCCGGCCAAGCUGGAAACGGCACUGGCUGCGUCUGGCCCCUCCUUUGGAUGUCUGUGGGCUGGAGGUGGAGCCCCUGCUUGCACAUUUGCCUUUUUUCCAGAAAGCAAGAGGGCUGGACCACAGCAGGCAGAGUUUAAAUCCUUUGGUGGGAGAGGAACAUCCUCGCGGCACAGAGCAAGGAGAAGAUGCAGCUGGACUUCUCCACCUGCAAGGCCUCGGGUGCUGCUGGCCUUUGCAGGUAUGGUGCCUCCGAGCCUUUCCUGGGCCCUCGUUUGCCCGGCACGGACGGCACCAAGCCACCGUACAGCUACAUCGCCCUGAUCACCAUGGCCAUCCAGAGCACGCCGGAGAAGCGCAUCACGCUCAGCGGGAUCUACCGCUACAUCAUGGGCCGCUUCGCCUACUACCGCGACAACAAGCAGGGCUGGCAGAACAGCAUCCGCCACAACCUCUCGCUCAACGAGUGCUUCGUGAAGAUGCCCCGGGACGACAAGAAGCCUGGCAAGGGGAGCUUCUGGGCGCUGGACCCCGACUGCUACGACAUGUUUGAGAACGGGAGCUUCUUGAGGCGGCGGCGGAGGUUCACCCGCAAGAGAGAGAUCUCCAAGGGCCAAACAAGGGCCAGAAAGAGCAUCAAGGUGGAAGAUGGUCACUCUCCGCCAAGCACCUCGCCUGGCCUGCUGCAAAGUCCAUGCCGGGAGAUGCCGAGUCCUGUGAAACCCUUAGAGAUGCCUGUUUGUGGGGAAAACCACCGCGACAUAACCUUUCCUUGCCAGGAACAAGUGAGCACCGGGCAUCCAGUAUGUGCCAAGAACUCUAUGUCUAGACUUCAGACAUCAGGUCUCCAUCCACAAGCUUUGCCAGCAUCCAAGUCGCAUCUCUUUGACCCAGAGCCUUGCUUUUCUUCUCAACCGAGUUGCUCCCAGGGCAAGGAGAAUCCACAAGCUGGGAAUGUCAUGCACCUUGGUGACCGGAUGAUGCCUCUGCCCAGGACAGAGGUCAAGAAGGUCCUCCAAAGUCCUGCAGAAGGGAAGGAGGCAUCUCAAGCCUUUGCUCAGUUGGGUUCUUCCUUCCCAAGCAAAGCUUCCCAGCCUUCGACCCCUUUUGAAGUUGAAGGCUACCCCAAAACUCCAGUGUUGCCCAUGUUUGGCUACUCCGGCCCCGAUGCCCUUGGAGGGAACUACCAGUGCCGCUUGCAGGCGUUGAACUUCUGCGUCAACGAACACCGGAGCGGUGCAGCCUUGGAGCAUCUCUUGGCGUCUCCAUCCGCUCCGGUUGCCUCGUCCUCGACUCCGAACAUCCAGCCAUCCAGCUUUGUUCAGGAACAGGAUCCUUGGUCUGGAAGCCCCUUCUCUCUCCAAGGUGGAAACACGUACCCAUUGGGUCUGCCCCAUUGUAUCUACCGGACUCCAGGGAUGUUCUUCUUUGAGUGAACAUCGUGGUGUGUGAAUAAUGGGAGUAAAGGGAGAGAUAUUUCGAUGCGCAGGCUGCGCUCGGAGACAUCCAUGUAAGUUAUUGACUUGGACCGGACGGAGGCAUCCCAUUUCCGUUUGGGGUCCAAAAUUUCUGUUAUCCAAAAUGUCUCGAUUCUACCGCGUCCAAUUUAUUUGUUAUUGGAAUAAAUGUGCUUUCCACCUUCCAA